CACGUCGUCGCUGCCUGCGAGUCCCACUCCCCUGGCCGGGGCACGCUGCACGCAGAGACCGACGACCAUACCGCAUACCAGAGAAAGUACAGACCAUCAUGGCCACACGGUGGCCCAAUCCCCUCUGCUUUCCUCCCCAGAUCGCCGGCGUUGCCUUGACCUUUCUCGUCGCCGUCCUCCACACACCACCGUUCACCUCUGCUCAAGAGCAACCGCCGCCGUGGCUCCUGUGCGGCCCCUACCCUCCCAGUGGCAACUACACGGAGAACAGCACCUACCAAGGAAACAUCAACCGACUCUCCGGCACCCUCCCCAAGAACGUCUCCUCCAGUCCGGUCCUCUACGGCACGGGCAGCGUCGGCUCCGUCCCGGACAUCGUCUACGCGCUCGCCCUGUGCCGUGGCGACGCCAACGCCUCCUCCUGCGAGAGCUGCGUGGCGACCGCGUUCCAGGGCGCGCAGAAGGGGUGCCCACACUUCAAGGACGUCUUGAUCUUCUACGACCUCUGCCAGCUCCGCUUCUCCAACCGCAACUUCUUCCCGGACGACGACAAUUUCGCCACCGCGUACUACCUCGUGGGAUCCCAGGUGGUGAGCAAGCCGACGGACGCGUUCGACGCCGCCGUCCGCCUGCUCGUCAACACCACCGCCGGCUACGCAGCCGGGAACUCGUCCAGGAGGUUCGCCACGGGGGAGGAGGGUUUCGAUGGGAGCAACCCCAGGAUUUACGCGCUGGCGCAGUGCACGCCGGACAAGACGGUGGACUUCUGCCAGGGCUGUUUUGGCCCCAUUAUUAACCGGAUGCCCGAGGUUUUCAGUGGGGUCAAUGGCGGGGGAGUUUUCGGCACCUGGUGCAGCUUCCGGUAUGAGGUGUACCCUUUCUUCUCCGGCCGCCCACUCCUACAGCUUCCAGUCUUCGUUGGGAUGCCGCCGGCGCCGGCCACUAGAAGCCAAGAGAAAUCGAUGAAUAAGGCCGGUAAAGUAUUAGCAAUUUUGAUGCCUGCAAUUGCUGCAAUGCUGAUCAUAACCGUCAUAUGCUUUUGGACAAGGCGGAGAAGAUUAGCAGCACAAUCUUUUGAACCUUACUCAACUAGUUCAGAGGAUAUUCAAGGAGACGAUAUGCUCCUUCUCGAUCUGUCAACACUGCGUGUUGCUACAGAAGACUUUGCCGAAACAAAAAUGCUGGGUAAAGGAGGCUUCGGUAUGGUUUAUAAGGGAGUCCUACCUGAUGGUCAAGAAAUUGCAGUUAAAAGGCUUUGCCACAGUUCCAGACAAGGAAUUGAAGAGCUGAAAAGCGAGCUAGUUCUGGUUGCUAAGCUUCACCACAAGAACCUUGUGAGACUUGUCGGUGUUUGUUUGCAAGAACAUGAGAAAAUACUUGUUUAUGAAUAUAUGCCAAAUAGAAGCCUUGAUACCGUUCUUUUUGAUUGUGAGAGAAACAACGAGCUAGAUUGGGCAAAAAGAUUUAAUAUUAUCAGUGGAAUCGCUAGAGGCUUACAAUAUCUCCAUGAAGAUUCUCAACUGAAGAUAGUUCACCGGGACCUGAAAGUGAGUAACAUCCUAUUAGACUUUGAUUAUGUACCUAAGAUCUCUGACUUCGGCUUAGCAAAGAUUUUUGAUGGAGAUCAAUCAAAAUAUGUCACUCGUCGUGUCGCUGGGACAUAUGGUUACAUGGCACCCGAAUACGCCAUGCGUGGUCUGUAUUCAAUCAAGUCGGACGUGUUUAGCUUCGGUGUUUUGGUUCUAGAGAUUGUUACUGGAAGAAGAAACGGUGGCUUAUAUAACAGCGAGCAAGAUGUUGAUCUCUUAAAUCUUGUGUGGGAGCACUGGGCCAGGGGAAAUGUGGUCGGGUUGAUCGAUCCAUCACUGAACGACCAUCAUCAUCCUCCCAUCGAGCAGAUCCUGAAGUGCAUUCACAUCGGGCUUCUGUGUGUUCAAAGAAACCCUGCUGCCAGGCCGGUGAUGUCGUGGGUAAACGUGAUGCUUAGCAGCAGCACGGUGCGCCUCCCUUCUCUUUCCAGGCCAGCCUUGUGCAUCCAGGAGGUUAGUGCCACUGACAGUUCAGAUGCGUAUUCGCCGGAACGGCCAGGAGCUUCAGGGUACACGGAUAGCUCAGUGUUGAUGUCAUGUAACGAGGCAUCCAUCACGGAGCUCUCUCCAAGAUGAGUCUUGUUGACUGUUGAAGUGUUGAAGCAACAAUUGGAUGUUGAACCGGUCGUGUUAGGCCAAUGUUUGGUUUAAUGAACCAGCUUUUCGUGGAGAUAUGCGUCGCAAGGGGCCGGGGGGAGGCUCUGCUUUGACCAUAUUGGGCUUUCUGGGCAGCAGUAUAGCAUUUUGUAAUGUUCCUGGUGAUGCUAACGUGGCUUACGCUCAAUUGCUCAAAGCACAAGAUUUUCUAUGAGCUACUAGUAUUUUCUUUACCUGCCAAUACAGGUCAAUUCGGAUGUGAUACUCUGAUGCUGACAGCACUGCAUUGCUACGCCGAGGAAUUCCACGACGCAUUAAAGAUAAGAUGUGACGGGCUGACGGCCACUCCCACUCUUCACGGUGGAAGAAACAUGUUACCAUAUGUAUGAGAGGGACACGCUACCCUCCGUUCAAAAGCAAUUCUAGAUGCAUUGACAAAUAAAAUAUCUAAUUGACCA